UUUUGGUUUAUUUCGUUGACAUAACUGCAAAAUCAAUCACUGAUGCCCAACGAUAAAGAAGAAUUGGAAGAACCCAAGGAAGAAGUCUCCUCCUACGUCUGGGACAACGAUACGCAGCUCUACAUCCAUUACAGUAGUGGGUUUUAUCAUGACCCGGUUGCUGGUUGGUACUAUAGUAGCAAGGAUGGUCUUUACUACAAGCAUGAAAAUGGUGAAUAUGUUCCCUUGGAAUAUGACGAGUCUAACGUGAACCCUCUUGUACAUAUUGCCACUUCUGAAGAGGACUCGGGCAGAAAAUACUCUCCUGCUCAGGCUGAAGUUUUGCUGACAGAAACUCCUUCAGAGCCUAUAGGGUGCUCAAAUGACAAUGACCAAGAACCUGAACAUAAUCAAAGACCUUCCUCAUGGGUGGAAGAUACACUUAUUGAGCUUUAUCUGGCAGGAAACAAUCGACGGCCUAGCUACUCUGCGGAUGAUAAUCAGGAUCAUCAGAUGUUGUCAGCUAAUGGAGACGAUGAUUCUGAGGAACUUGAAGAGGGAGAAUGGAUUCCUGAAGAAGAUUUUGAUCCACAGGAAGACAACUUUGAUCAAGUUUCAUUUGUAGCUGCUCCUUCAACGGAGGAAGAAGAAAUGUGGCUAGCACAAUAUGGUCAAGUCACUCAAUCCCCUGAGAAGACCCUGCCUGAGAUCCCGUCUGUUGACUUGUGGGACUGGAAACUUGUAUGUGAGUCCAGAAAAGAUGACAGCGAACAGGUGGCUAGGCUAGUAGGGAGACUGGUUAGACGUUCCGCCAAUCUUCAUCCAUCUGUGGCUUCUGGUGGCACACUUUUCAAAACUGCACCAAUCUGUGAAGCACGCCUUCACCUGGUGCGAGUUAGGACAGGUCAAGUCUAUAAACUGCAAAAUCCUAGUCCAAAAUACCUUGCAUCGUUGUCAGUAUAUGACGCAUCCAACCCAACAAAAGAUUGGGGAUUCCCUGAUGUUUCAACUACCUGGCAAGAUCCUGUUACAAAACGCAAAGCUAAGAAGGUGAAGAAACCAAAAACUGUGCGCAGACUCAAGGUGAAGCCACGAGAUGAAGUCAACAUGAUUGAAGAGGAGAGAAGCUCUUCAUACAGAGAUAGAGCCGCCGAGAGAAGAAAUCUGCAUGGUGGAUAUGGUGUUGGGCCAGGUCAAAAGGGAACACUGUCAGGCCUAAACGGGGAAGAGCAUGAUACGGCUUCCGAAGAGGAUGCAACAGCAGAAGAAGCAUUGGAGUUAUCAUUUGGGUCUGGAAGUUAUGCAAGGAGGAUAAUGGGAAACAUGGGUUGGAAGGAGGGUGAGACGCUGGGGAAGAAUGCAAAAGGUUUGGUUGAACCAAUACAAGCAGUAGGAAACACUGGGAAUGUAGGCCUUGGUUUUCCUCAAAUGAGAAGGAGAUAACACUUUCGGUGACUUGUUGCACAAGACAACUUCUUUUUUGUUGAGUUUGUAGAUUAUCCUUAAACGUGUUGCACAGUAAUCUCUCUUAACCUUGAAAUUAGUAUUUUUGAGUUUGUAUUAUAGAGAAAAUGUAGACGCAAUAAAACUUUAUAAUACUCCCACCGUUUCAUAUUAAUGUCGUUGUAAUAUUAAAUGUUACUGUAGAAAAUUUUUUUAG